GACCCAGGCUUCUAUCUCUCUGUUUUGCCAUGUCAGCUGACCACUACCAGCUUCACACUCAUUCCUACCAAGACGCACUAAGUUCUACUUGUGAUGGUCUCUUGGACAUCAACAGUCACCCCCUGUCAAAAAGCUCCUCAAGCCUGGCCUGUAUGGGGCAAUCAAAUUUAGAGGGAAGGCAAAGCAACAAAAAGGAGCUGAAGAAAAGCCACAGUAGUGUCAUCUGCCAUAUCCCAGAAAGCCAGAGUGAUGCUAGGAGUGUGCUGAGUCCUGGAUGGUCCUGCUCACAGCCUGGGAUGAUGGGACUUGAAUCAGUGGUUCAAACUGUAAGCAAUCAGUCAGCCAAUGACAAUUCACCAGGCAGAACUAAGACUGCAAACCAUUUUCCUGUUGCUGAACAGUCCCCACCAUCCUGGGAAGUGGGGGACACUAUGAUAUGUGUAAAGAGCAGCACUGUUGAGAAUGUUUCUUGCAUUGCAUAUCAACAGUGCAUGAGUGAAAUGAAAGAACCAGGAAUGGCUCUUCAGAGAAGCCACUCAGACCUAGCUUGCAGUUGCAAACAGCAGACUUACAUCACUCACGUAGAAACCAGUGCUACUCACUCCAGCUCUCCUAGCUGCAGGCAUGGUCCGUCAGUGGCUGGCAUGUGUUUACGAACACAGAGAUAUGGACCAGAAAUAAAUGAAAAUACAUCUCACUAUCAAAACCUUGUGACUCAUCUUCCAGUUCUACCUAGAGACCAAAAGAUACCCACAAAUAGCUUCAACAGUGGUGGCAUUUCCCAUAAUAGCACUGUUUACACAGAUCCUGGAACAUUCCAUGCUGCUGUUCUAGGAUCCCACAUACCUGGAAAUGGUUUCUCAAACAGGACAGUGUUCAGUCAAGCCACUGGGAUUAUACAUGGUGGUCUGAUUUGCAGUAAUAUUCCAAACUCUGCAUACUCCCCCAUGGUGAUGACAGUUCAUAACGAUUCUGCUGGGCCCUGUGUUAUAAGGCAAGACCAUUGUAUGAAAGUAGAUGCCACCAUCCCUGCCUAUUGCCAUUCUUUGCCCAUACCAUCUCUACAACUUGUUCCACAGUUGGUAUGCUCAGUUAGUGAGUCAGGAAAAGAGCAGGCAGCACCUGGCUACCUUCAUUCCUUUUCUACUUCAGACAUUCUGACAUAUCCUAAGCUGGUGUCUUCAGUAAGUGAAUCAGGCCUGGAUGCCAAAAGAGUCCUGAAGUGCUGUAGCAUUCCCAAAGAAGAACUGCAACAUGCUCAACACUGUGCUCAGCAGGAGAGAGCUCCUCCAGAAACAAAGGCUGCCUGUGUUGCCUUUAGUAGCCAGCAAGGUGCAGACAUGGUAAUGAUGAUGAAAGAUAUGUGGACUAUGACCUCUAUGAAUGAUUUAACCAAAGGACUGAAACCAGCCCUUGAGCGUAGAGAUGCUGAGGUACAAACUCUUCCACUUGUGGAGAGCAAAUCUGUGGCAACAAGCCCAGCAGCUGCAGCCGAAGGCCACUCACAUGUGUUCCCAGAAGUCAACCUGGAGCAAGACUUGGGGGCCCCCAAAUCUCCAGUACCUGAAGUGAGAUGGGAUAAUGAAGGAAUGACAUGGGAAGUGUAUGGGGCAUCAGUGGAUCCAGAAGUCCUUGGGCUAGCCAUUCAAAAACAUCUUGAAAUUCAAAUAGAACAAUUCCAGACAGAGCCUGCUCAGCUGGCUGAGAAAAGUAAUGAGGAGUCAUCUUCUAGUAAAAUGGGGAAGAAAAGGCCUUUCAGAACAAUGAUGCAUUCCCUGAGACAUCCAAGCUGUUGUGCUCGUUCCAGUACUGCAGGGGAGUGAGCACAGAUGUAGGAUGGAGGAUGGCUGUGCUGCUCUUCAGUUGUAAAUAAAUGCUGACUCUUAAGUGCUAACACAGUAUGUGGGGACAAUCCACUUCAGGAUAAGUGGGAAAAGUUCAGUGACCAUCAAAUGCACAUCAAAGCAAGGAAAAAGCCAUGAUCGGGCAAUGAAACAGAGGACAUAAGGUUGUAUCUGCAUCCCACCAUCUGAAUGCUCUUGACUGUAUUUAUGUAGCACUGUUUUGUUCUUCUGUGUUAGUUUAAAAUCGUAUUGUAAGGAAUGAUACUUCUUUUCUAAAUGAUGCACCUUUUUAAAAUAAUUACGACCUCUUCUGUAUUUUAAUAAUUUAGGAUUAGAAAACAAAGUUGGAAAAUGAUGCUUUAAUCAAAGUUCUUAGCUUUCAAUCCUACUCCCUUAAAUUGCUUUGGGAGCUGCUUUGCUAUUAAUUUAUAAUAAUGCUUACUAGAAGCCUACUUCAACUAUAGACUAAGUGACAAACUAGUGUAAUGCUAUGUGACAAAGAAUUGUAACUUUUGCUACAUAGCUCUAGGAAGUAAUUUUGGUAUUGCUAGUCUGAACUCUUCCCUUUGCAAGCUGAUGUACAGUUGGAAGAUGUUUCUGCAGUUUCAAAAUAGUGUGUAGUUAUGAUUCAUUACAUUCUAAAAAUCUAGACCUGGUGUUUACCGAGUGAUUGACACAAAUGUACACUGUUACCAAAGAUGACGCGUGUAAUGUGAAUUACUUACUGAAUGCUUAUUUUAAGAGGUAUGGAAAAAAAAGCUGCUCAGAUUAGUCUGUCACACUCAUACCAUACAAAUCAUAAGCAGUUUUGUUUUGCUUACAUUAAAAGUAGUUUC